CUGCGCAGAAGGCUACCGCGCAGAAAGCUACCGUGCAGGCGCAGGCGCACGCUCGGGGUGGGGCGGGGCACGCGCCACACAGACCGUUGGUGAUUGGACAAAGCGGGUGCCGGGGGUGGGCCUCUCAGGGCCGCUUUUAAAAGACGCAUCUGGGCCGCGUGUUCCAGCCUGAGGGGAGAGGUUGACGCCUGAGUAAUGGCGGCAGCCGGAGGCAGCCGGCGGACGCGUAGCCUGAGGCUAGGCUUGCCUCUGACCAACACCCGCCUACCGGCGGGGUCAGCCCCAGAGGAAGGCGAGGACAGCCGCAGUGAGUGGGAACUGCGCGAGAAUUUGGGAGACCGACGUGAGAAAACUUCUGGCAGCAGUGACUGGUUUCAGAGGUCCAGGGUCCCCAGCUUCGCUCAGAUGUUGAAAAAGAACUUGCCCGUUCAACCAGCAGUCCAGACAGUAACUAUACCAGCAAGAUGCUCCCCUGAAAGUGGCAGCCUGCUAAAUAUGGCAUCCAAGGUCACACAAGUGACAGGUAAUUUUCCAGAACCAUUGCUUUCCAAAAGUCUGUCAUCUAUUUCAAAUCCUGUCCUUCCUCCAAAAAAAAUACCUAGGGAAUUUAUAAUGAAAUACAGACGUGGAGAAAUAAAUCCUGUGUCAGCCUUACACCAAUUUGCACAAAUGCAGCGGGUUCAGCUUGACCUUAAGGAAACUGUCACAACAGGUAAUGUGAUGGGAUCAUAUUUUGCUUUCUGUGCUGUGGUGGAUGGUAUUCAAUAUAAGACUGGACUGGGACAAAAUAAAAAGGAGUCUAGAUCCAAUGCAGCAAAACUAGCUCUUGAUGAGCUUUUACAAUUGGAUGAACCUGAACCAAGAAUUUUGGAACAAUCAGGUCCUCCUCCUAUCCCUGCAGAACCUGUUGCUGUACCUGAACCAGCAUAUGUUUCUAAAGUACAUUAUGAUGGGAGACAUACACAGUAUUCCAAGAUCUCACAGAUUGUUAAAGAAACAUUUAAUCAACUAAUUUCUAAUCAGUCACAAUAUCUGAAAUGUAGCAAUUCAUUGGCUGCUUUUAUUAUUGAAAGAGCUGGACAUCAUGAAGUUGUAGCUGUGGGCACAGGUGAAUACAAUUGCAGCCAGUGCAUUAAGCCAAAUGGAAGAGUGCUACAUGACACUCAUGGUGUUAUUACAGCGAGAAGGUCCCUCCUUAGGUACUUUUAUAGACAGCUUCUACUCUUCUAUAGCAAAAAUCCUAUCAUGAUGGAAAAAUCAAUAUUUUGUACAGAACCAGCUUCUGAUCUCCUUACUCUGAAACAAGAUAUCAACAUUUACCUCUAUAUGAACCAGUUGCCUAAAGGAUCAGCCCAGAUUAAGUCACUGUUGCGUCUUAAUCCAAAUUCUAUAUCUGCAUUUGAAGCCAAUGAAGAACUGAGUCUCCAUGUGGCUGUUGGAGGCAAAAUUUAUCUGACUGUUUACUCCCCUGCAGAUAUUGUUAAUAGAGUGAACAGUAUGUCCUCAAGCGACAAGUUGACAAGAUGGCAAGUUCUUGGUGUACAGGGAGCAUUGCUGAGUCACUUUAUACAGCCAGUUUACAUCAGCAAUAUACUUGUUGGUGAUAGGAAUUGCAGUGAUACUAGAGGCUUAGAAAUUGCGAUAAAGCAACGUGUUGAUGAUGCACUCACUUCAAGACUUCCAAUGUUUUACUUAGUCAACAGGCCUCAUAUUAGCUUAGUGCCCUCUGCUUAUCCAUUUCAAAUGGAUUUGGAAUAUAAGUCUCUGAGUAUGAACUGGGCACAAGGGGACCUUUCUUUGGAGAUUGUGGAUGGCCUAAGUGGGAAGAUCACUGAAAGUUCUCCAUUUAAAAGUGGUGUGUCAAUGGCAAGUCGGCUCUGUAAGGCUGCAAUGUUAAGUAGAUUUAAUCUGCUUGCCAAGGAAGCCAAAAGAGAUGAUUUAUUUAAAGCAAAUACAUAUCAUGCAGCUAAGCGUAUGUCUGCCUCAUAUCAAGAAGCUAAAACUUUAUUGAAAUCCUACUUACAGCAACAUGGCUAUGGCUCCUGGAUUGUGAAAUCUCCCUAUAUAGAGCAAUUUAAUAUGUGAAUUAGACAGUUCCUUAUCAUAUUAAACAUCUUUUGUUUUUUUGGUG